CGGGCCCCAAUCCAUGGGGUCACAGAGAGUCGGAUAUGACUGAGUGACUAACCCUCACCUCACCGUCACCAUUAUUAUUUUACUUUUGAAAAGCGUAAAGGGGAUUCAUAAAUAGUGGGUUUAUAGAGCAGAAACAGUAUAUUGGGAACACUUUAGAGCUGUUUCCGUAUGUGGAGUUUCUCUACCUUACGAACAAAUUCUUUAAAGCUGCAUGCAUUGUCCGAUAUGGUAACCUCUAAGCACAUGUGGCUACUGGACACUUGAAAUGUCAUUAAUUAACUGGAACUGAACUUUUACUUUUCUUUCAUUUUAAUUACGCUAAAUAAACAAUGUAAAUUUUUUCCAUGAAACAUGACUUUUUUGUUUCAUUAGGACUACAUUUCACUUUAACCAUUGAAAAUUUAGCAUCCAAUUUGAGAUGUGCUGUAAGUAUAAAAUAACAUACCAAAUUUCUGAGACUUAGAAUUUUAAAAAAGAAUAUAAUACAUCUCAAUAAUUUUUAUAUUGAUAAUAUGUUGAAAUGAUCUUUUGGAUCUGUUGGGUAAAUAAGAUAUGAAUACAAUUAGUAUUUCAAAAACAUAAAAGACCUUGUGAGGCAGGAAGUGACACUAGUGGCACAGGCAAAUGCUGUGCAGAGACAGUUGAAAAUAAUUUACCUGAGGUAGGCAGUCAUAGCUUCUCAGGUGGUAAGAUUUCACUGAACCUUGAGGGGUGAGUGAAAUGGGGAGAGACUAAACGGAGGGCUGAAGGGAGAGCAUUAGAAGUGUGAAGGCAGUAAAGUACAAGAUGUGUUGGAGGGAAAGGAUGGGGCAAUAUAAAGUGGAUUGGUCUUGUUAAGAAAAUGUUAUAACAAAAUUGUGUCACUGGGAAUAUGUGGCUUAGUAUGACCCUAGACCCAGACUAAGGAAACCAAGGGACUGUCUAUCCUUAAUGACAUUUUAGUCCAAAGGGUCUUUUGAAAUCAGUCUGUUCAAACUCCUACCUAAUAUCUAGCCUCUACUUGAAUACUUGCAGAAAUUGGUAGUAGCUUACUUCAAGAGACUGGUUGCAUCUCUACUUUUGGACAGUCUUUAUUUGUUUCACUUUUAAAAGACAGAAUUAUUUGCUUCAUAUUUUUUCCAACUCUAGGCUCUAAUUUGACCCUGUGGUUUGCUGUCUUAUAUGUUAUAACUCCAAAUAUUUGACGGUGGUAAUCGUGUCCAUUUUUAGUGUUGUCUUUGGGCAUUUUCAAGUAAUUCAGCCAUUUAUUUUAUGGUAUUCCCUGGCUUCUCACCAUCUUAGUCACUCGAGAUAUUUUCUUGUGUUUGUCAGUGUCCUUUUGGAUGUAUUUUUAAUGUUUCAAAUACUCCACAUAGAGUCUGAACAGCAAGUAGCAUUGACACUACUACCUAUUUUUAUCUGAAUACUGUGACCUAGGAAAGAUUUGUCAACCUGUGACUCCAAGGUUUCUUAACGGUCAAGUCAAACAUGCUUUUAACUGAGCUUUUGUUAACUAAAAACUUCAGGUCAUCUUCAUGUUGCCAGGACAGGUCCCCCUCUCCCCAUCAGCUUGAUAACCCUUAAAGUGUUUAAAGUAGCACAUUUACCCUUAAAGUGUUUAAAGUAGCACAUUUACCAUCAUUUUUGUUGAUUUCCACUCAUCCUCACAGCCCACUGAGAAUUCAGGAUUUGUUUUUUUUAUUAUAUACAUCUUCAUUACUAACUCCCAGCGUUGAGUUGUCUAUAGAUUUGGCUGGCAUGUCUUUGACUUGGUUCUUUUCAAAAUGCUUAAGACUGGGCUCUUUGCAGGUUAACAUUGCUCCAUAAUCUUUGAGAGUGGUAUUCAGCAACUGUGAAUCUGUUAAAUUGUAUUGUCAUCAAGCUCCUUGCUACUCAAACUGAUUCUAGGAUUAACAGCAUCAGCAUUACGUGAAGGCUUAUUUAAAAUGCAUGCUCUCAGGCCUCACCCCCAACCUACUUAAUCAGAACCUGUAUUUUUACAAGAUUUCCAGGUGGUUCGUUUGUAUGUUGGAAGUUUGAGAAGCAUGGAUCUAGCCUAUAUUUCUCCAUAAAAUAGGAUGCAAAAAUUUUUCAGACUCUGGACAAAAACCAAGCCAGGUGUUUCAGCAGUAUUAUCCUGAUGCCUCUAUCAAAAAGUUUCUCAACCCUGACUGUGCAAUGGAAUUACCUGCGGAAUUUUUAAAAUGUCGCUGUCUGAUUGGCCCCAGAGAAAGCUCCUCAGGUAAUUUUCCACUUGUUCAUCAAGAUGGAAAGCUCAGAUUGUAACGAUAAAGGAAGUGGUGAUCAGUCUGCAGCACAGCGCAGAAGUCAGAUGGACCGCUUGGAUCGGGAAGAAGCUUUCUAUCAAUUUGUAAAUAACCUCAGUGAAGAAGAUUAUAGGCUUAUGAGGGAUAACAAUUUGCUAGGCACCCCAGGUGAAAGUACUGAGGAAGAGUUGCUGAGGAGACUUCAACAAAUUAAAGAGGGCCCACCACCACAAAACUCAGAUGAAAAUAGAGGUGGAGACUCUUCAGAUGAUGUAUCUAAUGGUGACUCUAUAAUAGACUGGCUUAACUCAGUCAGACAAACUGGAAAUACGACAAGAAGUGGGCAAAGAGGAAACCAAUCUUGGAGAGCAGUGAGCCGGACUAAUCCAAACAGUGGUGAUUUCAGAUUCAGUUUAGAGAUCAAUGUUAACCGUAAUAAUGGGAGCCAAAAUCCAGAGAAUGAAAAUGAACCACCUACAAGACGUUCUAGUGGAGAAAGUAUGGACAACAACAGCCAAAGACAAAUGGAAAAUCCACGAUCUGAAACAACAUCUUCAAGGCCACCCAGAUCAGAACGAAAUUCAACUGAAGCAUUAACAGGAGAAGCCCCACCUACCAGAGGUCAGAGAAGGGCAAGAAGUAGGAGCCCAGACCAUCGGAGAACCCGAGCAAGAGCUGAAAGAAGUAGAUCACCUCUACAUCCAAUGAGUGAAAUUCCACGAAGAUCUCAUCAUAGUAUCUCAUCUCAGACUUUUGAGCAUCCUUUGGUAAAUGAGACUGAAGGAAGUUCUAGAACCCGGCACCAUGUGACAUUAAGACAGCAAAUAAGUGGACCUGACUUACUAACUAGAGGUCUUUUUGCAGCUUCUGGAACAAGAAAUGCCUCACAAGGAGCAGGAUCUUCAGACACAACUGGCAAUGGUGAAUCUACAGGAUCAGGCCAGAGACCUCCAACCAUAGUCCUUGAUCUUCAAGUAAGAAGAGUUCGUCCUGGAGAAUAUCGGCAGAGAGAUAGCAUAGCUAGCAGAACUCGGUCAAGGUCUCAGACGCCAAACAACACCGUCACUUAUGAAAGUGAACGAGGAGGUUUUAGGCGUACGUUUUCACGUUCUGAGCGAGCAGGUGUGAGAACCUAUGUCAGUACCAUCAGAAUUCCAAUUCGUAGAAUCUUGAAUACUGGUUUAAGUGAGACUACAUCUGUUGCAAUUCAGACCAUGUUAAGGCAGAUAAUGACAGGUUUUGGUGAGUUAAGCUACUUUAUGUACAGUGAUAGUGAUUCAGAGCCUAGUGGCUCAGUCUCGAGUCGAAAUAUGGAAAGGUCAGAGUCACGGAAUGGAAGAGGGGGUUCUGGUGGUAGUAGCAGUUCUGGUUCAAGUUCCAGUUCGAGUCCUAGUUCCAGUUCCAAUGGUGAAAGUUCAGAGACUAGCUCAGAGGUAUUUGAAGGCAGUAAUGAAGGAAGCUCAUCAUCAGGCUCAUCAGGUGCCAGGCGAGAGGGUCGACACAGGGCCCCAGUAACAUUUGAUGAAAGUGGCUCUCUGCCCUUCCUUAGUCUCGCUCAGUUUUUCCUCUUAAAUGAGGAUGAUGAUGACCAACCUAGAGGACUCACCAAAGAACAGAUUGACAACUUGGCAAUGAGAAGUUUUGGUGAAAACGAUGCAUUAAAAACCUGUAGUGUUUGCAUUACAGAAUACACAGAAGGCAACAAACUUCGUAAACUACCUUGUUCCCAUGAGUACCAUGUCCACUGCAUCGAUCGCUGGUUAUCUGAGAAUUCUACUUGUCCUAUUUGUCGCAGAGCAGUCUUAGCUUCUGGUAACAGAGAAAGUGUUGUGUGAUUAAGGUCUGAACUCUCAGCUAUGUAUCUGGUAUAGUGAUGGGCAAACAGGAAUCACUUGCUUUCUGUCCACUUUUUGAGUGGUGCUUAAAUGUAAAGUAGCAACCAGAAUUGAGUCAUUGCUUUCUGAAUGAGUCAUUGUCCUUUCUCUAAUUUCUGUUCCCCCAAAAAGGAAAUAUUUAAAAAGCAACAUGUUAGGACAUAAAAAUCUGACUUCAGUAUCAGUAAUUGUUAUUACUGAUGAUUUAUCAUAUACUUGUCAGUUUCUCCUUUGUUAUCUUAAAAGGUCUGCCUUAGCAAUGACUCUCACCUGUUUUCAUAUUGAUCUUUAAAGUUUCAUAUGCCAUAGCAAAGAGGGGUGAAGGAAAUUCCCAGUUUAGACUCAGUUACAGUACAUGUUUCCUAAGUGACUGCUUAAAGCUAUACCGUUCCCAGUUAUUAGUUGGCACACAUUCAGCUACAUUCUGAAUAUCAUUUGUUCACCUUUCAGACAAGGUGAUAUUGGACUUAUCAGUGUAAAUAACACUAAGAUUAGGAUCUUCUAAGUGUAUAACUGUCUUCUAAGCCCAUCACUGUGGCACACUGUAGAGUGAGCUUAUAGUUUAAUUGAGAUAUUUAUCUUGUGGAAAUAUUAAAAAAAAAAGCCUAUGCUUGUGUAAGUGAAAAAAUCACAUUCAUUUGUUUAAAAAUGUAAAGCUAUUUUGUAGAGGCUCAGUACUUUUUCCAAUGCACUGUUGUAUUAAUGCAUUAAAAAUUGUAAAGUACCAUGCUUAGAAAUGAAAAAACUGCUUUUUGUGAGCCAACAUAGUAAAAAAAAUAGAAAACACACCAAACAAAGUACAAAGCUGCUUUUGUAAGUGUGUAGAUGUAAGAGCAGAACAUAUCUAUAAUAUUUAAUGUAUGUGAACAGCUACUGUGACCUGCAAAGGAAAGGACAGAGUAUGGAUUUAGGCAGGAAAUGAAAGAGGGAGUAUAGAGAAAACUGCUUGGAAGAACUUAAACUUUUCAUGAAGACAGUAAUUCCACAGAUCCUUGGCACAGUAUUCUACUUGAGUAGAUGAAGCAAAUUUGGCAGAGUUUUGGUUUAAGAAAAACAAGCCACUACCCCCUAGCACAAGUUACAUUGAUGUUUUUGCAAGUUUGCUUCUCAAGAAAAAAAAUGGAGGAAAGAGACUGUAAACCACUUAUUUAGCAUAAGAAGUGAAGUUGGCACAGAUGUGUAUACUAGUAGGAAGUCUCAAAUUUGCAUUGUUUUUGGUAUUUGUUAUUCAAGGUACCAGUGCACACUUGUUACUAUCUCUAAUACAGACCUAAUAUCUCAUAUCUAAAGACAAGAUGAAGAACUAAGGGAGUUUUAUUUUUUGUGGAAAGUGAGUCAUGUUGGGUUAUUUGAAAUUCAGAUUUUAAUUGUGCUGCCCAUAUUUGAAGAUGAGAAGGCUGACUCACAAUCUAUGGGAUAUGCACUUUAUGUUGUUUCCUUAGCUUUGUGAAGAACCCCAGUACUCUUGCCGACUUUCUUUUGAGGCUGGUUGGGGUUAGGAUUAGUCUGACUGUGGAGGACUGUCUUUUUCUGGGAAACGCUAGUGGGCCCAAAGAGGGAUUGAACACAUCCUUGGCUCUUAACAAAGUGAGCUGAUACCCAGGUGUAUGUAGUCAGAUGCUCUACACAAUAAAUAAGUCUGCUUUAGGAAUUAUCUGGCUACCUUAACUGUUACCAACUCAGCUGUACAGAUUAUUUCAAAGCUCAUUCUUUUAUAUUUUCCUCUGGCUUUCAAUCCUACCUAAGUAUCAAGGAAAUUGUAAAUAUGGUAGUUGUUUACUAAGGAUAUGUACUGCUCUUGCAAGAAAAUAAUGUCCAAACAAAGCUUCACUUAUUUUUUUUUAAUAUAAGCAGAUUUUACUGUUUAUGGCGCUUAUGUAAUACAUUUUAUCUUUCUAAAAAAAUUGUCCAUGUAAAAGUCAGGAUUUGUUUAUAUUUGUGAGCCUCCUUGUAUCCUUUACUAAGGGUGUAAUCUACAGUUUUCAGAUCUGCAGGGUAGUCCUGAUUGGCUAAAAACAAACUCAUUUUCCUCUUGGUAUAAAAUGUCCCAUUAUAAUAGGGGUGUUCAUUUUAAAUAGUUUAAAAACAACUGCAUCACAUUCUAAGCAUAAAAGAAAAUUAUUAACAGGUACCUUCCUAACCUCCCAAGAUGUAUUAUUACUCAUUUGUGAAGUAUUAAGAGGUAACUCAUGCAGAAUGCUGGUUAUGAAUGUAGAUACUGAAGCUAUUCAUAAACACUGGAAAUAGAAUUUUAAGUUUUUAGCCUUCAGUGCACAUAUUGGACAUGUGCAUGUGAAAACCUUUUUCAAUAGCACUCAUUAAUUUCCAUUGGACUGUGUAGAAUGGAUACAAAUAUUUUAGUGGAAUUUGCUACUUGAUUAUUUUUUUUUGCAAGGUCCAUGACCAGUAUGUACUUACUAGUAUGGACAUUGAAGACAAGGUCAUUUGUAGGUGUCAGAUGUACAAUGGAGAACAAAAAUCUUUUUUCCCACCUGCAUCCAAACAACUGUUCUCUUGAGGGAGCAUUUUCUUGCAAAAGACUUUACAUUUCAUUUUGUACCUUUGCACUUUUUCUUUAUUACAGAAAGGUUCUGUCUUGAGGACCUAGUUUGAACUUCAUGCAAUAAUAGGAACAAGAAAAAACAAUGUUGGGGCAUUACAUUGUUCAAAGCAUAGGGAAAAAGUACUAAAAAUGACAUUUCUUGAUUAUUUCAGAUUAUUUUAAAAAACUCAUUUACUAGUCUGAAACGUUUGAGGUGUUUAACUGCAAGCAGCUGACGUGAUUGAGAUUUAUUAGUACUAAAAACAAAAUUGAACAAGUUAGCUUUAAAGUUUGCAGACUUUAGCAACCCUAGAAGAUCAACCAAACUGUUAAUUUGGAAUAUUUGCUCUAAAAAGAACACAUUAGUUAUACCUUAGUGGUGGUAAUGGAGGGUGGGGAUUGAGAAAAGUGUUCAUGUUAGUGUUGGAGUAUAAGUCAUCAAUUGUAUAAACAAUUCCAAAAAAACAUUUAGCACCAGGAUUAUGUGUGUGUGUAUACAUGAAAUCUCUAAAAACAUGAUCGUGGGAGUUCAUCCAAAAUUUAAGGUUAGGAAACUGUUACAAGUGUUACCUCAAGUAAUCCUCGCCCCCCGCCCCCUGCCAAAAACAUGUUCUUUCCCUGCCAAGUAUUCUCUCCUAAUGUCAAUGUCUCAAAUUAUUUUUAUGAAGGGUUAUCACUUAAUAUGCUUUGUAUUUAAUCACCUGCUUCUCAAAUGUCCAUGACAUGAAAUGGGGCAGCAUCAGCCCUAACUUUUCAGCAGUUCUCAAAAUACCCACAUAAUCGGAAAGUGAAUGUUGCAAAAUGCUUUUUUAAAAAGCCAUUUUUACAGCUUGGGAGAAUACAGUGGCACCUUGUGGUGGUUUUUGAUACUUUUAAAGAUGGAGGAUAUUUUUAUUCCCCCCCUUUACUCCACCCCUUUUCUUUGCUGUUUGUGAAAAAGAAAUAUUUGUAAUCUUCCUUAUUUGAGUUUUUAAGUUUUACCGGCUUCCCUGUCAAAUAUGUUACCAAUACUAAAUACAUAGAAGCCACAUUUGCGGGCACUUCUGUCUUAUAAUACUGUGCUGAUUGCUACUUACUAAAGUAUACUGUACCUUAGUAAUGCAAGAGAUUGAUAAGGCACAUGUUCAAAUGUCAGGCAUUUAUUUUCCCUUAAUAUAAUUCUUUAGUAUGUGUAAUAUUCAAUAAUGGCUUCCCUGGUAGCUCUGUUGAUAAUGAAUCCGCCUGCAAUGCAGGAGACCCAGGUUUGAUCCCUGGGUGGGGAAGAUCCUUGGAGAAGGCAAUGGCAACCCACUCCAGUAUUCUUACCUGGAAAAUCCUGUGGACUAUUCAAUAAUUGUUAUUCAGUAAUAUUCAGUAACUUGUAAUUCAUUUGGAAAGUUAAAAUGCAAGGUCCAAGUAACUAGUAUUUCAUUUUUAAGUUAGAUUUUUAGAAAGCACCUAAGAAACAGCUAUGAGUUAUAUACCUACCCUUUACAUUUUUAGCAUUCUGAAAAGAGUGCUUAACUGGAACAUUACUAAAAUAGGAAUAUUGGAACAAGUAAGCAAUCUCACUUGAUUUGAGUAACUCCAUUUUGUAUCUAGAAUGCAGUAUAUUUGAGCUGAUGGAAUGUUCAAGGAAUAACAGCAGUUUAUAUCAGUUUUAUGAUUAUUUUCAUGUCUACAUAGGUGUUCUAAUUCAAAUUUGAAGAAAAUAGGCACACCCUCCCAACAGUCUCAAAAUCACCAAAAUACUUUUUUUUGGUUAGGAUUUGUUUACUAAAGACCCCCAAGCUUAGAUUGACAUAUCUUAAAGAUACGCAGUGAAAGUGAACCCCAUAAUGAAUGACUGUGCCUAGUUAUUUGAGGGUUCCUCUAUCAGUUCCUCAUAUUGCAGAUUUUUCUUAAUACCAAGAUAUGGCUGAACCAGCUGCCCAGCCUUAACUCUUUUCAAUGCCCCUUUGCUAACAUUCUUUGAACUGAGUGAUUUGUAUGUGUUUUAACGUCCAAUGUUUGGAUUUUACCUCUUUAUAGCUCCAUUUGUUCCUGGUGCUGCUUUUAAAGAUGUAGGGCCAUGUGAUCCAGUAUCAAGUUGAGUAGGUACGCAGUUGGCCUGAUUAUGUAUCUGUGCCUGUUUUGUCUUCUCCCAAGAAGAGCUGCUUUGGUAUAGACGUUUACUUAGAUUCAGAUAAAGAACUGGGCAGCAGUUUUGGAAAGCUUUCUGAAGCCUAUAAGAAUCUAAAGGGAUAUGGAGGGGGAACAGUAACAAAGGCGGCCUUUAUGUCUUUCAACAUGAAGCACAUAAAUGUAUGUUCUGUAAAGACUAUAGUGAUUGUUAAACCAGGGCUUCCUGACCUCUGGGAGAGACUUUCAGAAAAGCAGAAAGGAGCACCAAAGUGAAAUGAAUUUGGUUGUCUUACUUUAUCUGGUUUCUCAUUUUCUUCAAUUUAAAGCUGAACAUAACACCCUUUUCCAAUAUCUAUCCAGCAGACUCCUGGUUGGGAAGCCCUGUAUUAAAUUUUGAGAAUGUACCCAGUUUCCUUUUUUUUUUUUUUUUUGUACAGUGCUUUCUUUACACCUGCUAAAAAUUGUUUAAAGCAAAACAAGACCUUGAAAGGUCAGUCAUAUUAAAGCUGGUUUGAUUAUUAAUAGUUAUCUUUUAGGAAGAAGCUUUUUCCCUAUGUAAGAUGUCAUACUGCAGAUUUAAAAUAUAGACUAUCAAUAAAAUGCAUGAAGUGAUCAUUUGUGCUUGA